GGGAUUGGUUGUUUGGCGUUUUGGCGUUAGUGCUCAGGAGGGUUUCUGUUAAACUCCGUCACUACUUCUCUCCCCACCUCCCCAACAUCAUCUUCAUUAUUUUGACAGCUGACUGAGGUGGGUGACAUUCUGAAUUCAUAUGGAGAACGUCCAGACACAUAUAUCACUGAUGGAGACAGAUGGUUUCGGAUAAUUCAUAAGAUUCCAUAUUUUUUAAUAUGCGUGCGUGAUCCAAGUGUAAAUGUUAAUGUCAAGGAGUUUUUCUUUCUUUUUUCCACAGCACAUCUUCUCCAUUGGUUACAUUUGAUGUGGGUGGGGUCUCACUUAAGAGGCAUUGACGUCGUCCGCUUUGGCAAUGGGUUUUAACAGAGUCGCAGUCUGUGUGGAAACAGAGAAAAGUGUUUGAGACAAAGAUAAAGGUGGAAAACAUAAGAAUGGAUAAGUGAGGAGGUUUGAAGUGUUCUAAACUGGUCCACAAUGAUGCGUUCGUGCUGUCCUCUGAGCUUUAAACAUUUGUGGAGCAUCUGGAGUGGUCACAGCUUGUGUCCUGUCUUAUUUUCUUCACCCAGUUGCUUUUGAGCAUCAGGUGAGCGUCUUAGAAAAAAAUAGUCCUACUUUCUGAUUUUCUUCUGAGAAGCAUACUAUACUUUCAGGUGAAGGGUAGAAGGACUAGGACGCGCCUUCUUCAGGAUGAAGAAAGGAUCAGCGCGUUGAGGCGCUCGGGUGUGUUCAUGUUGGACCGGUGACAGUGUGGACUAGUAUGAAGCGUCAUGGCUUGGUGUGACCGCGGGGUUCAAACGCUGCUGGCCACCGUGGGGGCUUUCGCUGCCUUCAGCCUGAUGACCAUCGCCAUCGGCACGGACUACUGGCUUUAUUCUCGGGCGUACAUCUGCAACGGCACUAAUGCCACCACAGACGAGACCCAGCCUCAGCCCAAAAGCAAGAAGGGCGAUCUCACCCACUCCGGGCUGUGGAGGAUCUGCUGUAUUGAAGGCAUCAAUCAAGGCAGCUGUUACAGAAUCAACCAUUUUCCUGAUGACAACGACUAUGACACAGACAGCUCUGAAUACCUGCUGCGUAUAGUUCGUGCCUCCAGUGUGUUCCCCAUCCUCAGUACCAUCCUGUUAAUGCUCGGGGGGCUGUGUGUCGGAGUGGGCCGAGUCUACAACAAGACAAACAACGUCCUCCUCAGUGCGGGAAUUCUCUUUGUAGCUGCAGGUCUAAGCAACAUAAUUGGCAUAAUUGUCUACAUCUCCAGCAAUGCAGGAGACCCCAAUGAUAAACGCGACGAUGACAAGAAAUACACUUACUCCUAUGGCUGGUCGUUCUACUUUGGCGCCCUCUCCUUCAUUGUGGCUGAAACUGUGGCCGUACUUGCCAUUAAUAUCUACAUUGAGAAAAACAAGGAGGUUCGCUGGAGAGCACGGCGCGAGUUUAUCCGCUCUCUCUCAUCCUCUUCCCCAUAUUCGAGGAUACCAAGCUUCCGUUACCGUCGGCGGACGUCACAUGCCAGCUCUCAUUCUACAGAGGCAUCACGGGAAAACUCGCCCGUGGUCGGUCUGAAGAGGGCGCCAUCUUCCAGCGGGCCCCUAGAUGAGCUGUCUAUGUACGCCCUGGCGAGGGACAGUGUUACAGAGAACACAUACAGCCCUGAACAUGAGGCAGCCGCCGAGUUCCUUCAGGUCCACAACUGUUUCCCCAACGAUUUAAAAGACGGAGUGAAUCGCAGGACCACACCGGUGUGAUUCGCGUUAACACUGAGCUCGAAACUCACGUGAGGACAUCCAGUGGGCUGACCUGUUGGAGUCUGAGCGCCUGCAAUAGCCUGCCAUCUCAGCGGCGCAGUUUCCAAAAAGAGGUGGUCCUUUCUGAAAGGAUCUGGGGAAGGAAGCGAGGACAAAAGUUGAGCCAAUUUUACAAAACCUGAGUUGUUUCCUUGUGUUUAUCUGCUUUUAGACACCUUCAAAGCAGAACAGAGUUACCAUUGUCUGUGCUGUAGCCAAUGCAAAUUCAGUGUUAUGUUUCCACGGUGUCAGACCAAUUAAAUGAGCAGUUUGUGGAUGACAGCCCUCUGCUUGUGUAACUGUCACUACACAUUGUAGGUAAAUGUGAGAGUGAGUUAUUGGCAGUAUCUGUAAAUUAUAUACCAAGGUGCUAAAUGAUAUGUACUUUACAACCUGAAAGUGUUCCAUAUCAUACUGUGCGUGUGAAGUUGAUAGAAGCUGUCGGAUAUUGUGUCCUCGUAACCAGUCGGUCUUGCCUUACGCUCACCAGGGGCUCUUUCUGUCUCUCUCUCUUUCUCAGCAUUGGCCUUUAGAUUAACAUAUGGCCUUCUUACUCCAAUUAUCCAUUUCUUCAUGAGAGUAGACUAUGGAAAUUCAGUGUCUUUGCAGGCCGAAUUGUGAUGUAUUGAAUGUUUAGUAUUUUAGCAGAUCGUGCCAGUCAACCAUUCAAUCCCUAAAACACACAUGACAGAUUUUGUCUCCCUCGCUGUCUCCUCGGUAAUCCUUUUCUUCUCUGGCAUUUAUCAGUGGAACAAAAUAUCCGAUUUAUCAAUGGGACUCCUCUGUUCAGUGGCCCUUUUCUUCACUUCCAUAUCAGUCGACCAUCCUCCCAUCACACCCCCUGAUGAGAUACUGUGUAUGCGCCUGUUACAAAAGAUGAGUGGCUGACAAAAAAAAAAAAAAAAAAAAAGAAAGGGGAGAAGGGGGGGUGCCUGGAACUAUGAAAAGACACAGGUCAGGACUUCCUUUGAUAUGAAUGGAUGGAGACCUGGCAUCCACAGUGUUUAAUGGAUAAGGAUCAGAGUCAGGCAGAGAAUACACGUCUGUCCAUCUGGGUACUCCCCCCCCCAUACUGAACAGAAGACCCAGACAGAAGUGGAGGGAGUUCUCUUCGCCUGUCUCCCUGAAGGAUUUGACUCUAAUAACCAGACAUGUCUGUACUCUAGCGUCUUGCACAUCCAUCACUCCUGUGUCGUUUAGUUCUCUCAGGUAUACACUGUGUUGUUUUUUGGACUGGAACCUUUUGAGGACCUCUUUGGACCAGUGAUAAAGACAGUCCCAGUGAAAAUGAAUUGGGAAAACAAACGCCAUCAUCGUAUUUGGAAAACCCUGUGAGUGUUUGCUUGAGCUUGCUCCAACAACCAGCUGGUGUGGGUUUUUCAGUAUUAGGGCUAUUCAAUCGGUUCUGGUCUGGCAGGCAAGCUUACUCAACCACAAAAUUGUAUUUGAUUGUAUUUAGUGUUUGACAUCAUUAGAGAUAUCACUCUGUAUAUCAAAAUGGACCCAUGAAAAGAAAGCCAUCAGUAUGAUUCAUUUUGAGUGUAAAUCUUACACUUUUAUAUUAAAGUGUGGGGUCAAAUCCAAAUGUGUUUGUUUGUAAUGUAAAACUGUAAACUUGUAUAUAAAAGUACAAUAAUAAUUAAAAAAAAUUACAAAAAACAAAUGAGCAAAGACAUGUACAGAAGAUUCAAAGCAUUAUUUUACUGAACAAUAUAAAAUAAUGCAUUGAUGCAAUCUGGCAAUGACUACACAAUUACAUUUACCAUUUUGUAUUCAGGUUAAAUCACUCUGGUUUUGCUGUUUUCAGUGAAAAAAAUUAAUCUUUUGAAUAUUCUGUUUUGUAAGGUGAAGCACAGUAAGUAAAUUAAGAGAAUAUUUGGAAUAUUUUCUAUUCCGUGUGUAUGCAGCAGCUGUAUUUGCUGUAUGUGCUUAUAUUACUUUAUGGAUUAUUAUUGUUGUGAAAUAAGCACAUUUUUGUUGACAAAAAAAAAACAAACUGUAAACCUAUGAGUAUGGAAGUUUGUAAAGGAAGGUGCUAAAUGGAUGAAUUGCAUAAUUAAAAAAAAAACAACAACAGAAGAAACAGAAACUUUUCAUACUGUGUCAAUAAAACAACAUCCUUCAUGCAA